UUCCGGCGCGGCGGCCGCCAUGGCGAUCUUCAGCGUGUACGUGGUGAACAAGGCGGGCGGGCUCAUCUACCAGCUGGACCACUGCGCGCCCCGCGCCGACACCGAGAAGACCUUCAGCUUCCCGCUCGACCUCGUCCUGCGCCCGCACGACGAGAGGGUCGUGGUGGCCUUCGGGCAGCGCGACGGCAUCCGCGUGGGCCACGCCGUGCUGGCCAUCAACGGCGCGGAGGUGAACGGGCGCCUGACGGCGGACGGGCAGGACGUGCUGCAGUUCCUGGGCAACCCCGCCAACUACCCGGUGUCCAUCCGCUUCGGCCGCCACCGCCUCUCCUCCAACGAGAAGCUCAUGCUGGCCUCCAUGUUCCACUCGCUGUUCGCCAUCGGGUCGCAGCUGUCCCCCGAGGUCGGCAGCUCCGGGAUCGAGAUGCUGGAGACCGACACCUUCAAGCUGCACUGCUUCCAGACGCUGACAGGUACUGCUGCCGCCGCUGCGCCGGGCGCGCCGGAGCCCGGCCUCGCUGACGCUUCUGUCCUUGCGGCCCCAGGGAUCAAAUUCAUGGUUCUUGCCGACCCGAGGCAGGCGGGGAUCGACGCCCUUCUGCGCAAGAUCUACGAGAUUUACUCCGACUUCGCGCUGAAGAAUCCCUUCUACUCGCUGGAGAUGCCCAUCAGGUGUGAGCUGUUCGACCAGAACCUGAAACUGGCGCUGGAGGUGGCGGAGAAGGCCGGACCCUUCGGACCCGGCUCGUAGAGCAUCGCCGAUCUCACGGGACUCCUUUCUCGGGAGAGCAGGGCCGCCGUCGGCCCCUCCCCCGCAGCUGGGAGCGCACACCCCCACAACACGUUUCACCGUCUCCCAAGGCUCCGUUUGUAUCACCCUGGUUGGGAAAUUCACCGUAAUCAGACCCGUCCCCACCGUUUACGUCGGGCCGCAGGAGUUCUGCUGCUGCAGCUCCGCGGCCCUGGGUGAAGAAAGAAAAGGUGCAGGUCUGUGGCGCUGCCGCAGCCGAUUAUUUUCUUUCAUUUCAGAACUGUACAUAUGUACUUUUCCUGUAUAGCUCUAACUUAUGGCUUUGCAGAGGGUUUCUGCACAGAAGUAAUAAACAUUCCCUAAGGACA